AUGAGUGGCUCGCUAGACCGCCCGCGGUCACUCCCGGCUUCACUGCUUCACGGGUCAUUCCACUCCACUGGGCGCAAACCUCACCCCAUCCCGUUCCCUUUCCUUCCUCUCCUCCCCUCCUCCACACCCACCACCUCUCCUCCCCCCCGACAAUUCAAUUCUUCUUAUCUGUCCGCAGAGGCUCUUCUGCUCCACAUAGUCAAAAUGGGUGCCAUUCCUGAAGCCGAUCCCGAUGAGGUCAUGGAGACCAAGCCCUUCAAGUUCCUGGUCGAUCGGAUCGCUCUCAAUGCCGUCGUGGUCGAGGAUUUUUUGUGGCGGAUGGACGAGUUGGUAGCGUGUUGGAUGCUGACAAUCCGGAAUGAAAUGACAGGCUAUGAUGCUCGCUUCCCCCAGAUGAACCAGACCAAGCACUGCUGGCAAAACUACGUCGACUACUACAAGUGUGUCAACGCCAAGGGAGAGGACUUCCGCCCGUGCACCCAGUUCUUCCACGCUUUCCGCUCCCUCUGCCCCAAGGCCUGGACUGACCGCUGGGACGGCCAACGCGAGGCCGGCAACUUCCCCGCCAAGCUGGAGUAA